GUCGGUGCUUGUCCAGGUAUCCAGUCCAGUGGGGAACUCCAAACGAUCCAUAUCUUGACGACUCCUCAUCCGAAACUACAACAGCUUCGCUUGGCAGUGUUGAUCUGUGACGCGCAAGUGUUUUCUUGCGCCUGGUUGCAAGUGCGCAGUCAUGUCUCAGCUGUCCCGCCGAAGUUAUGAUAGUACAGCUCACGAAAGACGGCUCUCCAAGUAUCGCGUCAGCGACGAUGAUCUCUUCGAUUACGUGCUCCGUGUAGCCAUCCUAAGCCAUGUCACUUCGUCUAAAGUGACGGAUACCAACGCAAAGGUAGCGGAAACCAAGGAGAGAGAGCAUUACCACAAGAUAUCUGGCGCUAUAUCCCAUUCGAUUGUAUCCAUUGGCGAUAUAUUCAAAGAAAUCAGCGGUGGUUCCAAAAGUGUCAAGUUCCCAGAGAAACUUCUCAAAGUGCUCGAACAGAAGCUGCAGAGUAUAGUGAUGGGCAGGGACCAAGCGUACUCUGAUCAGCUCACCCGGAGAACGAUGGCCGUUUUUUAUAAUCACUUCAUGGGAGAUGGCUUCCGCAAACAAAUGAAGGAGAAUAGGAGCAUCGAAGAGCUGAUAUUGAUGUUUGCUGCGCAGUCCACGAGUGUCCUUAAAAAGGAACCGACUUUGGUUGAUGAUGCUUGGAAGGUCGAACUCAACAACCAAAUCGCACAAUUCGUGAGGAUGCUCCGUGAAUGCUUGAAGGGCGUCAGCCAUGUUUCUCCGGAGUUGAACUCUCGCUUGGAUAUGUACCAGACGAAGCUCGCCCCUCCGUCAUCGCAUGACUCCGGCCACGAUACCACUUCUGUUGCCCGAGAUCGCGGUGAUUCAGUAAGUACGGGACAGACCAUCAACGCCAGCGUACAGGACAUGCCGCUCGCAAUGACUGUUGCCAAUCUGUUCAAAAUUCCGGAACAAGCGAUGCAGAAUGAGGUUGAUAGGCUAAGGAAGAUUUGCACCGAGAAGACAUGUUUGAAGAAUAUCAAUGCCGGUGCUCCGUUUCCGGGGCGGCGCGAGGACUUCCCCAGCGAGGCAGCGUGGACUCAGUGGCGCACGCUCGAGACCUCGCAUCUUUCUCAGCUCAUGGUAGCCAUGGUAUCCACCAACCCUGAGCUCGCUAAAUCUAUGUCGUCUGAUGAUGGACCAACACACACGUCUACCCGUCCAAGUUCCAUAUACUCUACCACACGUGCCGACUUACCGGCCACUACCACACGCCAUGCUUCCACUGCGUCUACCAGCAGUCGCUGGUCUGCGAUGGGGGGUGUUAGUGGAGACAGUUUCUCAGAGGACGUCGACGAAGAUGUUGAGAUACGUGUAGGGCACCAUUUCACUUUCAUCCCCCAGAACCCACGGAGAUUCUACAAGCGGCUUGUCGAGCACUGUAUCGUGGCAGAAUUGGAGCUUCUGUAUAGCCCUGAGGUGGAUGAUGCUGAUGAGGUUCCGUUAACAAUCCUUAGUCAACCCCAUGUACAACUCAUCAACGAAUGCGCUGUUCGGUGGCGGAUAGGACAACCAUAUCGUGCAACGUGUUUCCUAGAACUCAUCAAACAAUUCUAUGAACGCGGCGAGGUUCCGAUGGAAUGUAUUCCUGUGGCACUGCAAGCAGUGACCAAGACAUUGCACGACCUAGAAAUUGACAGAUGGUCUAUUCAAGACGCGGAAUUAUUAGCCAGCAUUUACGGUAGCCUUUACAACAUUUUCCUAUCAUCCCUCUAUCACGCGAUGGAGUCUCUCCCGAACGUCAAAGUAUCGGAGAUACAACCAUAUCUUUCCGUUCUUGAUCACAUACGGGAAAGUGACUUGGAAGACCGGAUACGGGAUGUUUCUGUGCAAUAUUACCAGGACAAGAUGCAGCAACUGCAAUCGGCUCCAGGAGUUAAUCGGGCUUUACCAUUGCUGUUGAUGACGGACGAGAUAGAGAAGUCAGCAAAGCAGUUGGACAAACGUUUCCCUGAACCACUCGUUGGCCGGAUCGAUUUGGUGUCGUUGGUGGUUAAGAUGCAGGUCCCACUGUUCGUUGCUGACCUGCAGAAGUCUGCAAAGAAACUGCUCGAGUCAUCGACCAACGGCCCCGCACCAGACGUUCCCAUACAGGAUAUAUUUUCUCUGUAUCGAAGAACUAAGACGCUGCUGGAAAUGUUCCGCGCCUUUUGUCCUAAGGGCCAAGUAGAGUUGGAUAUCAGCCAGUUCUUCAUGCAGUAUGUCUUGCGAUGGUUGUCUGAAACGGAUAGCAAGACUGGACAGUGGGUUCAGGCUGCCAUUGCAGCCGAUAAGUUUCAAGCAGAGAAUGCAGAGGGCCACAGCUCAUCCAUAGUUGAUCUUUUCGAUUCUCUGCGUAGCCCGCUUGCAUUCCUCCAGGAACUGGAAUGGUCGGACGAGUACCAGAAUGCCAGGUUCUUCACUAGUUUGUCAAAAACGAUUUCCAAAGCGGUUGAGCAAUACUGUCGCAGCGUGGAAGAGUUAUUCAUGACGGAGAUGUUUCCCCGACCAACGGAAUACCUUCAGCCACAGAAAUCGUCUGCAUGGCUCGAGAAAGCCAAGCAACUCGCAAUCACAGGCGAGAAGAAGGUCGAACCCUUCAACUUCCAGCCCGAAUCCUGUGUUAAGCUCAACAACGUCGAAGCAGCUCGUAAGCUGCUAGACAAUUUGUAUAAUCAAAUGCAAGUUGACAAGAUUACCGAGGUGCUUGCUGCUUGUCCGCCAGUCCCUGAGAAAGUCGAGCGGCUACGGUUUUUGUUCACAGUCAAGAUCGUGAUGGCGGAGAAUCUUGUUCCGCUCGAUAGCAGUCCAUCGUCGCUGUUAGACACUUUCGUCACUCUUAGCGACGAGGCCGGAAACCGGCUUGUCAAAACGCGAACAAUAUAUGACUCCCUCAACCCACGAUGGGAAGAGACAUUCGACCUAUCUGUGGAUAAACCUCUUUGGCUGAUGUGCAGCAUACGAGAUCGGGCUCUCAUGGGCCAGCACGACGUGGUUGGCCGGUCCUUUAUAUGCCUAAAUCCUGCGCAGUAUGGUGACUACUUGACACAUGACGUCUGGUUGAAUCUGGAGUCAACCAAUCAGAGCAAUGAGAGCCGUAUUCUGUUGCGUGUCAGUAUGGAAGGUGAGACGGACGAUGCUCAAUUCUACUUUGGUCGUGCUUUUCGCUCUCUGAAGCGGAGUGAGGGUGACAUGAUGCGUAUCUUUGUUGACAAGAUGUCUCCGUUUAUACGGCAGUCGAUUUCACGAUUCGUGGUGAAGAGCCUAAUGAAGGGAGGUUCUUCAGGGUUGGACUAUAACAAGGCCCUAGCGAACGUGACAGGUUUCUACCGUUCAGCACUUGGUUCUAGUGUGUCGGAAGUACAGGUUCCCCUUCCGGCCUCGGAAAAGCCGCGGGUACGCCCGGAGGAACUGUCCGAUGUGGAGAUCGAGCGGGCAAUUGUACCACUCUUUGACUACUUCGAUGCCAAUCUACAGAUCCUGAACACGCACCUGAGCGAGACAGCAAAGGAGAUGGAGAUCCUGACUGUAAUCGAGGGGUUACUCAUUCCUCCGUUGUCAAAACUCCCGAGCGACAUGAAGCCCUUGAGUGACAGGGAAGUGGAUAUCGUUUUUAAAUGGCUAAAGUUCUUGAGGGAUUACUUCUACGCCGACGGAGAGGGCAUAUCAUUGGAGGCCCUACAGAACCAGAAAUACCGCGACGUCCUCUCCAUUAGACUGUACUACGACUGGCAUACUGAUACACUUAUGGAAGAGUGCGUGCGUACGAUGCAACAAAGCCUGCGUGAGGCCAUUCCUGUCAAGAAGCGGGUCAAGACUGUCUACAACCAACGGAAUUUGGGCACGAUCAAGGAACGCAAGAGGGAGAAGAAGCAAGAAAAGGAGACAACCAGUGGGGAGAUCAUCUUGUGUAUCUUGCGCAUGAGGCCAAAUACACAAGAAUUCAUUUCCCAACAACUGGAGAUGAUGGCCAAUGUCCGGAUACAACAAGAAAGGUCACAAGUUGCACAGCUACAGCGAAAGGCACGGGGUUCCGGGCAGGUGGCACCCAGCCAAUAAUUAAUACUACUACUCCGCUGCGCAGACUCUCGUUAAGUUGUUGGACCUGUAUCUGUACCACAUUCUUGUUCGUUAUACCCCACAUGUACAUUUGCCCCUGACUGAAUUACUUGAUCAUUGGAGGUUGCAGUUGUCUGAC